AAGAUGCCCAUCCUGGAAAAGGCCUCCCAAAAGAUGGCUGCAAAGCCUUCUAGCAGCCAGGAGGAGCUGGACCUACCCAAAUUGCCAGUGCCCCCACUGCAGCAAACACUGGCCACCUACCUGCAGUGCAUGCAACACCUGGUACCUGAGGAACAGUUCAGGAAGAGCCAGGCCAUUGUGAAGCGAUUUGGGGCCCCUGGUGGUCUGGGUGAGACCCUGCAGGAAAAACUCUUGGAGAGGCAGAAGAAGACAGCUAACUGGGUAUCUGAAUACUGGCUGAAUGACAUGUAUCUCAAUAACCGCCUAGCCCUGCCAGUCAACUCUAGCCCCGCUGUGAUCUUUGCUCGGCAGCACUUCCAGGACACCAAUGACCAGCUAAGGUUUGCAGCCAACCUCAUCUCUGGAGUGCUCAGCUACAAGGCUCUGCUGGACAGCCACUCUCUCCCUACGGACUCGGCCAAGGGCCAACUCUCAGGGCAGCCCCUCUGUAUGAAGCAGUACUACAGGCUCUUCUCCUCUUACCGGCUUCCUGGCCAUACCCAGGACACACUGGUGGCCCAGAAGAGCAGCGUCAUGCCUGAGCCUGAGCACGUCAUUGUGGCCUGCCGCAACCAGUUCUUUGUCUUGGAUGUUGUCAUUAAUUUCCGCCGUCUCAGUGAGGGUGAUCUGUUCACUCAGUUGAGAAAGAUAGUCAAAAUGGCGUCCAACGAGGAUGAACGCUUGCCUCCAAUCGGCCUGCUGACUUCAGACGGGAGGAGCGAGUGGGCCAAGGCCAGGAUGGUCCUCCUAAAAGACUCCACCAACCGGGACUCCCUGGACAUGAUUGAGCGCUGCAUUUGCCUGGUGUGCCUGGAUGUUCCUGGGACUGGGGAGCUCAGUGACACUCACAGGGCGCUCCAGCUCCUUCAUGGCGGAGGCUGCAGCCUGAAUGGAGCGAAUCGCUGGUACGACAAGUCCCUGCAGUUUGUGGUGGGCCAAGAUGGCACUUGCGGUGUGGUGUGUGAGCACUCCCCAUUUGAUGGCAUCGUCCUGGUACAAUGCACGGAGCACCUGCUGAAACAUAUGAUGAAGAGCAACAAGAAGCUAGUCCGAGCUGACUCAGUGAGUGAGCUCCCUGCCCCCAGGAGACUGAGGUGGAAAUGUUCCCCAGAAACUCAAGGUCACCUCGCCUCCUCGGCAGAGAAACUUCAAAGAAUAGUAAAGAAUCUGGAUUUCAUUGUUUAUAAGUUUGACAACUAUGGGAAAACAUUUAUUAAGAAGCAGAAAUACAGCCCUGAUGCCUUCAUCCAGGUGGCCCUCCAGCUGGCCUUCUACAGGCUGUAUCGGCAACUGGUGCCCACCUACGAGAGUGCAUCCAUUCGCCGGUUCCAGGAAGGCCGGGUGGACAACAUCCGAUCGGCCACACCAGAGGCUCUAGCUUUUGUGCAAGCCAUGACCGACCACAAGGCUGCCACGCUGGCUUUUGAGAAACUUCAGCUGCUAAAGUCAGCCAUCCAGGCCCAGACUGAGUACACAGUCAUGGCCAUAACCGGCAUGGCCAUUGACAACCACCUGCUGGCACUGAGGGAGCUGGCACGGGACCUGUGCAAGGAACCGCCUGAGAUGUUCAUGGAUGAAACAUACCUGAUGAGCAACCGGUUUGUCCUCUCCACCAGCCAGGUGCCCACAACCAUGGAGAUGUUCUGCUGUUAUGGCCCCGUGGUCCCCAAUGGCUAUGGAGCCUGCUACAACCCCCAGCCGGAGGCCAUCCUCUUCUGCAUCUCCAGCUUCCACAGCUGCAGAGAGACCUCUUCCGUGGAGUUUGCAGAAGCUGUGGGAGCAAGCCUUGCUGACAUGAGAGAUCUCUGCAGUGCACGGCAGCCUGCUGAAGGCAAGCCAGCAGCAACAAAGGAACACACUAGAGACCCAACCAGGGCAAACAAUCUUGACGCCGCCAGCCGCUAG